AUGGCUAGUCCACGUACCCGGUCGGUUUUAAAAGAUCUUAAAUUAAAAGAUGAUAAUAAUGUUUGUUUUGAAUGUGGAGCAUUAAAUCCUCAAUGGGUUUCAGUUUCCUAUGGUAUUUUUAUAUGUCUUGAAUGUUCGGGUAAACAUCGUGGAUUAGGUGUUCAUUUAUCGUUUGUACGUUCAGUAACAAUGGAUAAAUGGAAAGAUCUUGAACUUGAAAAAAUGAAAGCUGGUGGAAAUCGUAAAGCGAAAGAUUUUCUUUCAAGUCAACCGGAUUAUAAUGCAAAUACAAUGAGUUUGCAACAACGAUAUAAUUCUCGUGCUGCUGCUCUCUAUCGAGAUAAAAUUACGACAGAAGCACAGGGUAAAACAUGGUCAAUAAAUUCGUCACCAGCCCAAAAUCAUAGUUCUUCUUAUGUAUCAUCUUCAUCAUCAAGUUUGACUGAAAAACCAUCAAGACCAACACCAACAGAACGACCACAAUAUAGAGCAUCUGAACAGCGAAGUGAAGAUUAUAGUGGUGGUGGUGGUGGUUAUCAAAAUAGUGGAUCUAAUGAUCAACAAUAUGCAUCCGGUCUUGGUAGUGGUAAUCCAAAAUAUUGGGGUUUUGGCAAUACAAAUUAUGAUGCAUCAUCGGAACGACAAGCAUCAAAUCCAGAUUUAGUUGGAGCAUCACUUUCAAAUGCUGCUAAAUGGGCCGGUGUUGCUAAAGAUUCAGUUUUUAGUUUAUCCAAAACAGCAGCUAACAAAGCAACUGAAUUAACAUCAAAAGUAACUGAACAAGCUAAAGAUGGUUCAUUACUAACUAAUGUUUCAUCGGGUGUAACGACUAUUGCAUCAUCCAUGGGUAAACUCGGUACAAAAACAUGGUCCGAUAUGCAAUCGUUAUGGUCAGGAGCAGAUUAUCAUACCGGUAACCGAGAAGAUCAACGAUUACAUAAUAAUAAUAAUUAUACGGAUUCAAAUGAUUGGUCUUCUUCAUAUCAACAACAAUCACCAUCGACAAACUUUAAUGACAAUUCUAGUUAUCAUAAUACGUUUAAUAGUUUACCAACUUCAAAUUCUUAUCAUCAACAACAACAGUCUAAAUCAAAUAAUGAUGUUUCAAAUCGAGGACGUGAUGAUAGUUUUGAAUCAUGGUUAAAUGAUGAACCAAGUUCAAAACCAGCGGCUAGUGCAACACGAUCAACAUCUUCGAAGAAAACAGGAAAUACAAGUUCAUCAAAAUCUAAAUCGGAACCUAAACCUAAACCAGAACCAAAACCAGCGCCAGCACCGAAUCUAAUCAAUUUCGACGAUGAAAAAUGGGCUCUUGAUGAUGAUGCUGGAUGGGAAUCGAUCGAUACCAAAUAG